AAGCGAGCGUUUCGCCUUCAGUUAACCAUCAGUUGGUCCGGAGCCGGUGAUAAGAGCGGUUUAGCUUGGUUUUUGUGAGAUUGUGCGAACGUGGAGCAAUGGUCGAAAUGAGCUACCUGAGGAUAUUUUUGGCAGUGUUCGCCCUCGGCUGCAUCGGUACGAUCGAUGGCGAGGAGACGGGCGGGCUGGGACAGUCGGCAGAAGUGGCCCAGCGACCGGGGCAGCAAUCGAUCGAGCCUAGUGCCGGUGCACCGUCCUCCGAAGUUACCGGCAGCGUGCAGGGCGAUGGCAAGCGAACGGCAAAGCGACAUCUUUCGUUCGGCUUUGGCCAUGGGUACGGUGGAGGCGUCGGAUUUUCGGCCGGCGCUGGAUACGGAUCGGGCGCCAGCUUGGGCUACGGUUCGGGCGCCAGCCUGGGCUACGGUUCGGGCGUUGGCGUUGGCUAUGGAUCGGGCCUCGGGUACGAUGGGUACGGCGGUGGAUACGGUAGCUACGGGUACGGUGGCGGUUACGGUGGAUCGCUGGCCCGGUUCCGCGGCUUUGGCGGUUACGGUGCAUCGUACGGUGCGAGCUAUGGCGGUGGAUACGGUGGGUAUGGCGGUGCGGGAGGCGCCUUCCACGGGUUCCACGCGCACUACGGCAAACCGAUCGUGACGGCCACGAUCAAGGAGCACAUCCCGAUCGCCAUCCCGAAACCGUACCCGGUGUUUGUGAAGAAAACCGUCCCCGUCCCGAUACCGAUCCACAAGCCCGUCCCGUACCCGGUGAUCGUGAAGAAAACGGUCCCGGUGCCGAUCGUCGUGUCGCACCCGGUACCGGUCCCGAUCACGAAGCACGUCCCCGUGCCCGUCCCGCAGCCCUACCCGGUGUCCGUGCCGCAUCCCGUGCCGGUGAAGGUACCGACGCCCGUCGUCGUGACAAAGCCGGUCGUUGCGUACUCCCCGAUCGUUAGUACACCGAUCGUUAGUACACCGAUCGUGAGCACGCCAAUCGUGAGUGCACCGAUCGUCAGCACGCCGAUCGUUACGAGCGCUGGUCACAUUUCCGUCAGCGAUCAUGGGCUGCACCAGACGCACCACUCGCACCACAGCCAGUACGGUGCCGGUGCGUACAAGGCGUACUCGGCCGGAUCGGCUGGACUGUACGCGGGCAGCACGGGACAACACUACGGCAGUGUGGGUGGCCAUUACGGGGGUCAUCUGUACGGCAGCCUGGGAUCGGCCGGCGCUACACACUACGGUGCGACGGCGGGACACUACGGAGCGGCGCACUAUGGAGCCGGCACCGGUCACUACGCGUCCGGGGCGCUGACCAGCGGAGUCCUGUGCGAUCACUAAGAGGAAGUUCGCUCAGUAGCAUGUAGUUUCCCUCCGUUCUAGUUGUGUAGUCAUCUAUAAAAUGUUCAUCGUUCAGGAGCGGCAGCAACUUCGAACACGUUUUGCAACUCACGCACACUCUCGCGCUCGCUCUUUAUUGCCAUCGGGCAAUGUAGAUGAAAUGUUAAAUAAAAAUAGAUUAUUUUGUUACAAGUUUA